AGAUCAAUCACUUAGAAAUGCCUCUAAUAAAGUCUUUUCAGAAGUAGACAAAAUGCUUUGUAUCUGGCAUAUAAUUGAGCAAAACCUUAAGACCAACUGUCAUAGAUUGUUUGAUAGUAACGAUGAUUAUGAAGUGUUUAAAAAUAAAGUUGAAGCUUUGCAUCUCACUUUUGAUGAAAAAAAAAUAGAAUUAGCAAUGGAAUCUGUUAAGCAAGCUGCAAAAAAAGCACAUAAUCAAAAAAAGUCUCUAACCUAUAUUGAAUCUUUAAUGAAAGAUUCAAAGUUAUAG